UUUUUUCAAGAACUAAGAGUAUAGCCUAUAAGAACCCUUGGACCUCAACUCCCUUAUGCACACUCUUUGUUCAGACAAUUUGCAUACAAUCACAUACAACCACUCUCUUACAAGAAAAACAAUCCCCCUUUCCUCCUCUUUUUUAUUUCUCUCUUUGUUUAAGAAAUGAAAUCCGAUCCUAGAUUUGCAAGAAAAUUUUCUUACCUUUCUAGGGAUUUUCUUAAAAAUCCUAGUGUAAAAUCAGAGAUCCCCACAGUGGUUCCAUUGCAACCAAGUUCUACUUUUUCUCCCUCACCAUCACAUUUUAACACCUUUCUGUAUCAAAAUCACUACACUCAAUUUGAGGAACAAGCUCAUAAAGAGACUAGAUAUGACUCUAGUUUUUCGGAUAUGGUUCCUUCCUCCGUUAGCUCGUUCUCUAUGGUCUCAACUCCAAUGUACAAGAAGGCAUCAACCAAUGGAUUCCACGAAAAAAAAUUCGAUUGGCAAAAUCCAAUGGCAUAUGCACCAAAUAACAACAAAAAGAAAGUCAUGCAUGGCCGCCUUAACACUAGCGAUGGAAUUUGGGACUUAUCAAGGAAAAAUCUCUUUCAACAUGGUGAAACUUCUCAACAUCAAGCGGGUCCAUCUUUUUCACCAUCACUAGUUUACGAUGAAAAUCCAUCUAUAGCAAUUAAGUCUAAUCUUCAAGGAGAUAUUUCAUUCAUAGGUGGAAUUGAAAACAAAUCCCUCGAGAAUGACCAUGAACUCGUUCACAGCGACAAGAAGCGACGUAGGAGAGUUCACAAGAAUGUUGAAACUCAACAUAGAGAUCUCAAUAUAAUCAAAGGCCAAUGGACUGAAAACGAGGACAGGAUUCUUGUUCAAUUGGUGGAUCAAUUUGGAACUAGAGAAUGGUCUCAUAUUGCUAAGUUUCUAAAUGGCAGGAUCGGGAAACAAUGCAGGGAAAGAUGGAAUAAUCAUCUUCGACCCGAUAUUAAGAAGGACUCAUGGAGCCAAGAGGAGGACAAAAUACUAAUUGAAGCUCACAAGAAACUUGGGAACAAGUGGUCUGAAAUUUCAAAGAAAUUGCCCGGGCGCACAGACAAUACUAUCAAGAACCACUGGAACACCACUAAGCGCAGCCAAAUUGCAAAGAGGAGGCGUAACAGGCGUAAAAGUUUGAAGCUAAAUCCACUUCAAAAGUAUAUCAUUGAAGUGGAAGCCGCAAAGGAAGCUAAAAAUAAGCAGUUGGAGAAUUCCAUUAGCAUGAUGACUAUUGGGAAUCAACUAAGCUUCAACAAUUUCAAUGGAAGAUCUGAAGGUGGUUUCCGCUCUCAAGGUUUUGCUACUCCAAGAGGUGAAAUUGAAGGCUAUGUUCCAAUGAUAGUAAAUGGUGGUGAUGAUGGAAUAGGAAAUGGAUCAGGAGCUAUGAAUUAUGAUUAUGGAUCGUAUGCAAUGGAGUUUUUUCCCGAGGUUCCUUUGAAGCAGGAAAUUGAUCUCAUGAAGAUGUUCUAUAAGAACCCUUAAGGUUUUGUUGUCUUUGUUUGUUACAAAUAAAUUUGUCAUGAGUCUCUUAUAUUUUGUGCCUGAUUGUAUUUGUGAUGUUUUGUCACAUCCUAUGUUUCGGCUUGGUUUGUUUAGCUUAGUUUCGUUAUCGGUAGAACUAAAUCUUGUGUUAGUUUUAUGAUUUGGAUGGUAACUUUUUAUGGAAGUUUGAAACCUUUAUCAUGUGGUAUAAAUAAAAUUAGUAUCUUUUAUAGUAUUUUACAU